GGGAAGCGGAGGCUGGGGAGCUCUAGGCCGGCCGGCGGCGGCGGCGGCGGCGGCGGCGGCGGCAGCUGCGGCGAGGCGGGGGUUCGAGUUGAGGACCUGCUGUGGCAGCAGUGGCGGUCGCCGAGCUCAGCAGCGGGUUUCUCUGGAAACCCUCCUGGUAAGUGUGGAGGAGGCGGGACACUCUGACCCAAGACAAAAGGCCUGUAGCUCCAGCCAAAGAAAAUAAACCUUAGGAAGAAAGAAGAAGAAAAAACCCCCACAAAAAACAACAACAAUACCCAUGAGCUGUUCCUGAGAACAGCCCGCCGUGGAAUCUACAGAGAACAACUCAUGUGAGUGAGGAAGUGACUGUAUGUGGACUGUGGAGACAGUAAGUCACGUGGACCCUGAGGGCCUGGCCUGGGUUAGGAGCUGUUGUGCUUUCAGAGGUGAGGUGUCAGACGGGAAAAGUGAAUGUGGCCUGGCGUGUGGCCUUGGCUCCACGGGGUGUGCUGUCCUCUGAGGCCAUCAGGGGGCUCAGCCCCUGUGUUCUGCCGGGGUGGGGUGCGGGUUUGGCAUUGAGUGGGGGGUAACUUGCUGGCUGGAGCAGCAGAGCAGUGGCCUUGAUUUGUCUUUUGGAAGAUUUAAAAACCAAAAAACAUAAACGUUGUGGUCCUUCAGCAAUGCUUUCUCUGAAGAAAUACUUAACGGAAGGACUCCUCCAGUUCACCAUUCUGCUGAGUUUGAUUGGGGUGCGGGUGGACGUGGAUACUUACCUGACCUCACAGCUCCCCCCACUCCGGGAGAUCAUCCUGGGGCCCAGUUCUGCCUAUACUCAGACCCAGUUCCACAACCUGAGGAAUACCUUGGAUGGCUAUGGUAUCCACCCCAAGAGCAUAGACCUGGACAAUUACUUCACUGCCCGGCGGCUCCUCAGUCAGGUGAGGGCCCUGGACAGGUUCCAGGUGCCCACCACUGAGGUAAGCGCCUGGCUGGUCCACCGGGAUCCGGAGGGGUCUGUCUCUGGCAGCCAGCCCAGCUCAGGCCUUGCCCUCGAGAGUUCCAGUGGCCUCCAAGAUGUGACCGGCCCAGACACCGGGGUGCGAGAAAGCGAAACGGAGCAGGGCUUCAGUGAAGAUUUGGAGGAUUUGGGGGCUGUAGCCCCUCCAGUCGGUGGAGACUUAACCAAAGAGGACAUAGAUCUGAUUGACAUACUUUGGCGACAGGAUAUUGACCUGGGGGCUGGGCGUGAGAUUUUUGACUAUAGUCAUCGCCAGAAAGAACAAGAUGUGGAUAAAGAACUGCAAGAUGGAGUGGAGCAGGAUGACACCUGGCCAGGAGAGGGAGAAGAAGUUCUGGCACGAAACCUGCUAGUGGAUGGAGAAACUGGGGAGAGCUUCCCUGCCCAGGUGCCUGGUGGGGAGAACCAGACAGCCCUGUCCUUGGAAUUGUGCCUUAGGCUGCUGGAGGCCACCUGCCCCUUUGGGGAGAAUGCCGAGUUUCCAGCAGACAUUUCCAGCUUAACAGAAGCAGUGCCUAGUGAGAGUGAGCCCCCAGGUCUUCAGAACAACCUCUUGUCUCCUCUCCUGACGGGGACAGAGUCACCAUUUGAUUUGGAACAGCAGUGGCAAGAUCUCAUGUCCAUCAUGGAAAUGCAGGCCAUGGAAGUGAACACAUCAACAAAUGAGAUCCUGUACAAUAACCCUCCUGGAGACCCACUGAGCACCAACUACAGCCUUGCCCCCAACACUCCCAUCAAUCAGAAUGUCAGCCUGCAUCAGGCAUCCCUGGGGGGCUGCAGCCAGGACUUCUCCCUUUUCAGCCCUGAGGUGGAGAACCUGCCUGUGGCCAGCAGCUCCACACUGCUCCCACUGGUCCCCAGCAAUUCCACCAGCCUCAACUCCACCUUUGGCUCCACCAACCUGUCAGGCCUCUUCUUUCCACCCCAGCUCAAUGGCACAGCCAAUGACACGGCAGGCCCCGAGCUGCCUGACCCACUGGGGGGUCUGUUAGAUGAAGCCAUGCUGGAUGAGAUCAGCCUCAUGGACCUGGCCAUUGAAGAAGGCUUUAACUCCGUGCAGGCCUCCCAGCUUAAAGAGGAAUUUGACUCUGACUCAGGCCUCUCCUUGGACUCUAGCCAUAGCCCUUCCUCCCUGAGCAGCUCUGAAGGCAGCUCCUCCUCCUCCUCUUCCUCCUCUUCCUCCGCUUCUUCCUCAGCCUCUUCCUCCUUUUCUGAGGAAGGUGCUGUUGGCUACAGCUCUGACUCUGAAACCCUGGAUCUAGAAGAGGUCGAGGGCGCUGUGGGCUACCAGCCUGAGUAUUCCAAGUUCUGCCGCAUGAGCUACCAGGAUCCGUCUCAGCUCUCUUGCCUGCCCUACUUGGAGCAUGUGGGCCACAACCACACGUACAACAUGGCACCCAGUGCCCUUGACUCUGACAAGCAGAUGAGCCGGGAUGAGCAUCGAGCCCGAGCCAUGAAGAUCCCCUUCACCAAUGACAAAAUCAUCAACCUGCCUGUGGAGGAAUUCAACGAGCUGCUGUCCAAAUACCAGCUCAGCGAAGCCCAGCUAAGCCUCAUCCGGGAUAUCCGGCGCCGGGGCAAGAACAAGAUGGCAGCGCAGAACUGCCGCAAGCGCAAGCUGGACACCAUCCUGAACCUGAAGCGGGAUGUGGAGGACCUGCAGCGUGAUAAAGCCCGACUGCUGCGGGAGAAGGUAGAGUUCCUCCGGUCCCUGCGGCAAAUGAAGCAGAAGGUGCAGAGCCUGUAUCAGGAGGUGUUUGGGCGGCUGCGAGAUGAGAAUGGGCGACCCUACUCGCCCAGUCAAUAUGCUCUCCAGUACGCCGGGGAUGGUAGUGUCCUCCUCAUUCCCCGCACCCUGGCCGACCAGCAGGCCCGGCGGCAGGAGAGGAAGCCAAAGGACCGGAGAAAGUGAGCCUGGGAGGAAGGGGGGUUGACACUCACCAAGAUUGAAACUGGAGGAGGGCUGGGCCUGGACCUGGACCUACAGUGGGGGACUUGAAUGCCUUGUUAUCCAAUAGAUCUCAGAUGGGAUGACUGUGGGUCAGUGGACAGGAAGAGGCGAGCACAGGCGCUGUCUGGCUCAGCUUCCCCCACUGGGGAAUGUUGAAGUUGCCAGACUGUUUGGGUGGACAGGGUCUUCACCCAUCCCCCUUUCCUUUGAGGGAAGGGGUGGGGUGGUGAUGGCAUUGAUGGAGGCUGACAAAGGGGAAGGAAGGGACUUGUGAGAGGAGAGAAACGUAGUAGGAAGUCUCAUUCCAGGAAGAAAGGAAGGAAAGAAAAACCAAAAAGAAAAAAAAAAAUCAAAGCUGGAAGAAAAAACUGCAGGUUAAGAUUGAAUCUGGCCAGGAUUCCAGGCAACAGGUUUUAGGUGGGACUAGGUCAUUGGUGUGAGUAAACCCCACUUCACUCCAGGGGAGGGGUGGACACAGACAAGGUGAGUUCUGAGAGGGGCUUUGUGAACUCAUUUUGCUCCCACACUUUGAUAUCCAUGAAGGGGAGCUCUUAGAUAACUGAAUGUUUCAACACAGGGGAGCUACUGGGACCCAACACUAGUUUGGAGCGUUAGGAUUAAAGGGUAGUGAACAGGAAAGGGUCACAAGGCCCCAUGUUGCAGCAGCCCCAACACCAAGCAUGCCACUCACUGUCCCGCCACUCCUCCCUUGGUGCCCAGUCACCCCUGAGCUGAGGUUCCCAUGACUUCAUCAGAGCUUGCAUGCAAAUGCUGUUCUCUUCCCUGCCCCUCACCAGCUGCCCAGAGCUCUUCUGCAUCUGGGUGCUGGCAGUGCCCCCAGCGAUGGGCCUACAGCCUUCCGGGGGCUGCUCUGAGGCAGGGGGAUGAUGUGGAGAAGCCAGGUAGUAUUCAGCACAACACUGGGGAGUGACCCCCUCAGACCUCCCACCAACAAGUGGGCUUGUCACUGGAAAAGCCAAAACAAUGAAACCCAGCAACAACAAAAUACUAGUCCUCUUAGAGUUUCUUGCGCUUUGAUUUUUUUAGGGCUUGAGCCCUGUUUCACUUAUAGGGUCUAGAAUGCUUGUGUUGAGUAAAAAAGGAGAUACCCCAAUAUUCAAAGCUGCUAAAUGUUCUCUUUGCCAUAAAGACUCCGUGUAACUGUGUGAACAUUUGGGAUUUUUCUCCUCCGUCCUGAGGUCUCUGUCUGCUUUCUUUGAGUUUCUUCCUAGGAGGAUUAGAAGUGCAUGAAUGGAGGUUUACAGCAUCUUCCCCCUGCCCCAGGCUCUUGGCCAUAGGCAACUUCUCAGCACCCUGAGCUCAGCAAGGGCUCCUGGGGGACUGCCUGGGGGAAGCAGAGGGGAGUGCCAAGGUGGGCAUAUGGUUCCAGGACCAGUGUCUGUAUUUUUAACUGUGUGCUACUGCUGCCCCCCCCCCCCGCCCCCCAAUCUGGCUCUGGAGUAGUUUGGACUAGCAGGAGUUGAAUGGGGGAAAUACUGGUUCUCCCCACUUUGGGGGAGGGGUAACACAUUAAUUGAGCAGUAGGGAUAGAAGGCAUGAGCCUGGGAAGUGCUUUUAUAAAUUAUUUUCCUUGUAGAUUUUAUUUUUAAUUUAUCUGUGACCUGCCAGGGAAGGGAGAGGAGAGGUUGUGAGCACAUGACAAAAUAAAAUAAAAUGGAUGAUUCAUUCUCAAGUGCAAUUUUUCCCUACCUUGAAUUUAAACAGUAAAUAGGCCUCAGGAGGGCUGGCCAUUGUGUGACUAAGGCAGAGCUUACCUGGGAAGGUGGGUUGACAAUAAGUAAUUUAGAAAGGACAGAAUAGUCUUAAAUACUGUAUUAAUAACCCUUCUAAGCAGGUGUUAGGUACCUGUUCACAAGGUUUACCAGCUGAAUCCUCUCAGAGGAAGGAUUCAGAAUCCUUUUGGCUUUUCUCAAAAGGCAUGCCAAAUGCUUCAGUGUCAAAUAGCAUGGCCACAGAACUAGAGAAGCAGGAAGCCAGACCCCAGGGUUUUGAGGCAUUGGAAAGCCCCAGCCGAGGUAACUGGAAUCUGACACACACACGCCUCUGCCUUAAUACCAAGCCUUUGAAGUGCUGAAUGCUGCAAGGUACUGGGUGGUAGCUGGAACUGCCAUAUGCCCAUCUUGAGGUAGGUGCCAAAUGCCCAAGUAAUGAGUACUCAGUGGCAGGCUGAGAUUACUGGACAAGAUUUAUACACUUAAUCUUGGCCAAAAGGCUGAGAAGCAGUUCAAGACAAGGUUUAUGACCAGAAGCCAUGAUCCUAGUAACAGAACCUGUGAUCUUUAAUUUCCCUUUACCACUGUGUGAACUGGCUCAGCCUAGUCCUUCAGUGAUGCUGCUAGAGUUUAUCCUAAGGGAUGGAAUAGAAUUCCAGGAACAACAUUGAUCUCUUAAACUUGUUUCCAUUUACAAUGAAUGGCUUUCCCCUUACCUCUAGUUGGAAAGGAUUGGUCAUAUUAACAAGAGCUCUUCCUGCAUUAGGAAUUAAGCAAUAUUUGCCAGUCAGAUAAAACCAAGAUUCUUAAAGUGAAAAAAAAAAAGGACAAAAUUAAGUUUAAAAAAUUCACUAAGAAAAUACAAAUUGUUAUGUAGAAGAAUAAAUUGACAAGUAAAAUUCAGAAAGUAAUAUUUUUGUAUUCCUCCUAGAAACAAAUAAUGUAUUUUGGUUUAACAAUAUUAGGCUAUAACUUUUAUCUUGUUUUGCAACUUCUUUUUUAGCUUGAGAUAAAGGUUUUUCAAGUUGAAACAUUCCUCUCACCCCCUUUUCCCAUGUCCCCUUAUAGAGAUCUACAGCUGUAUCUAGGGUCACGUUGAUUAGAUGGGGCUUCGGGCCAAGUUGGUCAGCACUGCUGUGGGGCUGACCUCUUUUGCUGUUGGCUGGUGGAAUGGGUGUUCCAGCUUCAAGGUUUUUUCUGCCAGGAAGAUAGGACUCACUCAAGUAAGGCCUGUGAAAGACCUGCUACACUUAAGACAGGAAGUGAGAAGAGAUUCUAGGGUGGGCAGAGAGAUACGAGUAGGCCUCAGUCCUUAACUAGACCCAAUUUCAGCAUGACCUGCUUGGGUAGGGGAAGAAAACCUGCUUUCUUUGUCUUGACUUCAGCAGUGCCAGGCUUCAUUCAAACCAAUUUCCCAUACAUCAUAGUUCAUGUGAGAUGGAAACAGACUCACUGUUUCAACAUCUGCCCUGCAGAUUUCACCAAUGAAGCAGGGGCUAUUUCAGUAUCAUUAAAAAUAGAGAGAAAAAACAAAAAAACCAAAAAACUGAAAAGGGUAAAAUAGUGAUCUAGAGACAGUGUCUGCAAUACCUGGCCCUCCAUGGCUGACUCCUCACAUUUUCCAGGGAAAGCUAAACAGCAUCUAGUCAAACAGCUGGUGAUCGGGGCAUUACUUUCCAAAGAACCUCAUCUUCCUCAGGCUGCCCUACUCCCUGCUUUUACAGCCCCAGAUUACACCAGGCCUUGCUGCUCUUCAGGUUUAGCAAAUAGCUGGAAAAAAGUGCCUUGCAGAAAAAAAUAACCCCAACACCCUCAAGCCUCCUUCCACAUCCAGUAGGCACCGACUUAGAGCAACAGCUUUAUUUUUUAAAUUGAUUUUUAGGGAGAGAAACAUUGAUUGUCCCACUUAUGCAUUCACUGGUUGCUUUCCGCAUAUGCCCUGACCAGAUAUCAAACUUGCAACCUUGGUGCAUGUGGACAAGGCUCCAACCCAACUGAAUCACCUGGCCAGAGCAACAGCUUUAGCUCAGACUAAAUCAGUAGUUUUAGGGCAUCUCCAGCCAGAGUUUGUUUUCUUACUGAUGCUAUCUAUAUGCCAAUAAAUAAAGUACUAGGUUGGUAUCUGCCUCUCUGGAAGUUGUUUUCCCAGCCAAGUGUAGAAAUUCUCUAGCAAAGCCUAGGUGCUUGGUUAUCCUAAGUGAUUCAAUCUUGUUUUCUUACCACCCAUUCAGCUGGAAAGUGAAUAAGUGACCCAUAGACCUUCUGUCAUUUUGUCAGUGUACCAAGAACAGUAACCCUUCUUUCACCUGUACUUUCUCACACAGAGGGGUUAGUCAUUUUCCUUGUCUCUAUAGUUCUGACUUCAUCGUGGAGCAUGUGGGAACUCUGGGGAAUACAUGUGAAACUUAACACCUGA